CGGGAAGGAUGGGGCUGUGCGCUGUGUGUGGGGUGCCGCUUCUCAUCCUCAUCAUCGGGGCUGCUGUGUGCCUGGCUGCCUGUCCCUGCUCCGAUCCGGCUCUCUGUCAGCCCAUCCAACACUCCCGGGACUUCGAGGUCUAUACCUUCCAUGUUCGCGGCAAAAACUGGAAACACUAUGACUGGUCUGUGGUGACCACGGUGGCUUUAUUUGGAUCUUAUGACCCCGGACUGAUGUGCUUUGCACACUCCAAAGGAGCAAGAUUUGUGCUAAAGGGCAAUGUAUCAGUGAAGGAAAUUGUAGACCCAAAGAAGAGAGCUGCCUGGAUUGCAGAGAAGGUGAAGCUGGCCAAGACUCAGUACAUGGAUGGGAUCAAUUUGGACAUCGAGCAGCCAGUAUUUCCACAUACACCCGAGUAUUACGCUCUUACAGAUCUGGUGAAGGAAACCACAGAGGCCUUUCACAAAGAAAUCCCUGGAUCUCAGGUGACAUUCGAUGUUGCGUGGUCCCCCAAAUGUGUGGAUAUCCGUUGCUAUAACUAUUCUGCCAUAGCGGAGCUGUCUGACUUUGUGUUUGUAAUGUCCUACGAUGAACAAUCUCAGAUCUGGGAUGAAUGUAUUGCUGGAGCCAAUGCGCCAUUCAACCAAACCAUAACCGGUUAUGAGCAGUUCAUUGAUAUGGGAAUUGACCCUAAGAAGCUUGUAAUGGGCGUCCCGUGGUAUGGUUAUGAUUACGUCUGCCUCAACCUAACAGAGGAUAACAAGUGUGAUUUGGAGAAACGUCCAUUCCAAGGUGCUCCAUGCAGUGACGCAGUAGGCCGCCAAGUAGCCUAUGGGAAAAUUAUGAAGCAGGUGAACAGUUCUCUGACAGGGCGGUUAUGGAAUGAUGAGCAGAAGGCUCCUUUUUAUAAUUAUAAGGACACGGCGGGGAAAGACCCAUCAGGUGUGGUACGACGACCCAGAGAGUAUAACACUGAAGGCAGCCUACGUCAAGAAGCUCGGCCUCCGAGGGAUUGGGAUGUGGAAUGGAGACCUCUUGGAUUAUUCUCAUGUUCCAGUAGCCCAGCAACAAACCAAGGCCAUGUGGAAGGCUUUAGUACCAUA